GGCGGUGAAGUGCUGCAGCUGCAACUGGUGGAGGUGCGGCCGUCUGUGGCGAGCGGCGCGCAUCGCCGGGAACCUCGGCCAGCCCUGCUGUGUGGGCUCGAUACCCGUGAGAGACAUUCCCGGUCCGGGUCUGGUGCACCUGCGGGUGUCCCCGCGCGUGGGAGCCUUGCCGCGUAAAAAGGAAGAACUGAGGGGAAAACAAGCUAUGAAAGUACUGGUUAUUGGCCUUGGAGGUGUAACAAAUGGAGGGAAAACAACACUAGCAGAAAAACUUAAGAAUAUGCUUCCCAACUGUGAUAUAAUCUCUCAAGAUGACUUCUUUAAGCCAGAGUCUGAAGUAGAAACAGAUGAACGUGGAUUUAAGCUGUAUGAUGUACUUGAUGCCCUCUAUAUGGAUGAAAUGGUGACCAGUAUUCGCAAUUGGAUUAAAAGCCCAGCAAGCUCAGGUGUUGUGACAGAAGAGCCACAGAAUACAUGUGACAAUGUGAAAAGUGUUUAUAUUUUGAUUGUUGAAGGCUUUCUCCUUUACAAUUAUGAGCCACUUAAUGAACUAUGGAAUAGAAGAUAUUUUUUGACCCUUCCUUAUGAAGAGUGCAAAAGGAGAAGGAGGACCAGAGUCUAUCAGCCAGCAGAUACACCGGGAUACUUCGAUGGACACGUGUGGCCUAUGUAUCUGAAAUAUAAAAAUGAAUUGGAAGAGAAUGCAAGUAUGCAAGUUGAUUAUUUGGAUGGAACAAAAUCCCAAGAGGAGCUUUUAUCCUAUGUGUAUAGUGAUAUAAUACAGGAAUUAAACAAGUUGAGGGAAGAAAAGCAGUUGGGAAUAGAUGCUAAAAAAUGAAAACAAACCCGAAGAGAACUCCGAUUGUUGGAAAAAGAUGGGGAAAUAAGAUGUAGAGAAUGGAGAUGCAUCAUUAACAAGAUACAGUACCUAUAUUGUUCAGAGAUUGACUGGGAUGACAUAGACUACUAGACAAUAAAUCCAUGCUUCAGGCAGGAGGAAGGAAGAAGUAAUUGUUGUUAAUAUUCAUAGCUCAAGCUGAAAGUGAAAUGAAAAUGAAAUGUGAAUGAAAUGUUGUCAAUGAAAAUGUUCAGAAAGCAGGAAUGCUACACAAAUGUGAAAGCUUUGUUAUAGAAUUAGCGUAUAUAUAUUUACGCAAACUAGGAAAUUGGGAAAUUGGAUAGAUUUUGUUGCUGAAUAAGUAAUGUCUAAACUCUUUAUAUUUUCUAGACAACAGGUUACAUUUUUAUCAGCCAGAAUAAAAAUAAGGCUACAGACAUGGAAAGCAAAGGAUGGAUUAUAUUACUUGAUAGGUGACAGCUGAGCUGGUCAGUGAUUGAAAUGUAAUACUUUAUUGUAAAAGUACUAAAUCUAUAUAUAAGAAAAAAGAUGUUAUCAGGUUACAGCUGUGUUUAGCUGUGCUUAAAACAAAGUGCUUCCAAAUAUAAUUUUGUAUUAUUAUUUUGCACUAAAAAGAUUUCAUGUUUCACUUGA